AUGGUUGUGAAUUCUACUUCCGAUAAUACCGCACUUUCAGGAACUGCAAACGAGAAGAAGAAUUGGGCUACAUCCCCUUCUACUAUUUUAAAUCACUUUGCCAUAAGAGGACUUAUCGUUGCAAUCGUAACAUCGACCACUCAUACUCUAGAUGUAUUAAAAGUAAGGCUACAAAUGCAACUUGUUGGUCAGAAAGGUCCUUUGAGUGGAUUGGUUUCAAGUCAGAUGCAUUCAGCUCUUAAAUUAGGGAGCAGUGGAUAUGUGGAUCCUAGUAAUGUAGUGAGGCUAUGUUGCUGCUGUGUGGCUCAUGUUGAUGCUUCAAACAUCACAAUAAUUCUCAGAAAUGAACUUGCGGUUGCUACGGUUAUGGGUAAUUUCUCGCUGAGUUCGCAGUAA